GUAACACAUUCCCCCCUGAGUUGGCUCAGGCCUUAGCAAAAGAUCAGGGUUUUGUUUCUGGCUCUCCCCAUGCAGCCAUGGCCCUCCAGGGAGUAGGGAAUGAGCUGGCCCCAGGUGUUUCGGGGCAGCUGGAGCAGUUGGCACUGCUUCAAAGACAAGUCUGGAUGAGCAGGGAAAAAACUGCAGCAACAGUUUGCUUGGGAGGUCCUGCUUAUUGCAGGAUCAGGCUUUUGAUGUGAGACAGCUUUGGAUGGAGAUGUUCACAGUGAUUCUUCUCCUGCUGGUAGCUGGGAUAAGCCAGAGCCCCGGCCCGCAGCCUCAGUACCGCAGACCACGGCGUUGCCUGGAACGCGCGACGGCGGCGGGCGGGCGGUCCCGAGGGGCAGCAGCGGGCGGGGCGGGCGGCGGCAGCUCCGUGGCGGGGCUCGCCCUGGGCCAGCUAUUUUUGCCGCCGACCCGGACUAAUCCCCUGAGCCGCUUCCCGGCAUUAGGUAACGGCGCGGCGGCAUGCGCCGCGCGGUGUCCCCAGCCCGGGCAACCCCCGGCAGUCGCGGCGCGGCGGGACGGGCUGCGACACGCCCGGUGCGGGCUGGGGGCCGUGGGCACCCGCCGCCGAGCCCCGGGCGGGCCCGGACCGAGGCCAGCAGGUAGCGGCGGGUGGUGAGGAGGGCCGGGGGCGGACAUGCCGGGCCCGUCGCCCGGCGGCUCCCCGGAGAGGGAAGCAGGGGCCGGCGGGCGGCCGCGGGGGCCUGGCCGGGACCGUCGGGUACGGUUCCGGCUGCCUCACACCGCCAUCGCGGUGCCGUCGGUGCGCGAGGAGGAGCAGCUCUUCUACCGGCGGCUGGAGGCGCUGGCAGUGCCGGGGCCCGGCGGCUUCGGGCCGCUCUUCGCUUCCGACGGUUGGAGCGACUUGACGGGUGAGCGCCGACGGGCGGCCUCGGGGCCAGCCGGGCCGGCGGCCCAGGCUAGGACGGCCGGUACCGGGGGGAGUCGAGCAAGGAAUGCCGAUUUCGGGACUCCCGGCUUGGCUCUCAGCGCCUCCUCCCCCGCAGAAGACCGGCUGCUGCGGAAGCGCGUGGUGCGGGCCGGGCUGGGCGGGCCGCGGCCGCUGCCGGGCCAGGAGGUGUCGGUGAAGGUGCUGGGUGCCCUGGAGGACGGCGGGCUGGUGGAGCGGGACCCGCGGCUCAUCUUCGUGCCGGGUCACGGGGACGUCGUGCAGGCUCUGGAGCUGGGCGUCCCAACCAUGCAGCCCGGGGAGGUUUCCUUCUUCCUCGCCGCUUUCCCCUACGCCUAUGGCCGCCCGGGCAGGGAGCCCGACGUGCCGCCCGAGGCACCGCUGCUGUUCGAGGUGACGCUCCUCGAGGUGCGGGACGGCCCCGACCCGCAGCCGCUGCCUCCCGCCGUCCGUCUGCGCCUGGGCUCGCAGCGCCGGGAGCGGGGCAACUUCCACUUCGCGCGGGGUGACUUCGCCGCGGCGCUGCGAUCGUACCGGCUGUCCCUGCGUGCCCUGGACGGCCCCACCGCCGCUCCGCCCGGGCCCGAAGAGGAAGAGGAGCUGCGGGAGCAGCGCGUGAAGUGCCUCAACAAUUGCGCGGCUGCCGAGCUGAAGCUGGGGCGGGCGGAGGAGGCGCUGGCGGCCUGCGAGGCGGCCCUGCGGAUCAGCCCCGACAACGGUCGGGCGUUGCUCCGGCGCGGGCAGCUGCUGGCACAGCAGGGCCGGGACGCAGAGGCGGCGCUCGUCCUGAGGAGAGCCCUGGAGCUGGACCCGGCCAGCAAGGUGAUCCACACCGAGCUCUCACGGCUGGCGAAGCGCCAGAGCCCUCCAUCCGGCGCCGGCCCGCAGAAUCCCCGCCACGACCCGAUACCGCCGCCGAGCCCCGCAUCCCCCGCACCGCCCUCGGCGGAAGGAGCGAUCUGAGCGGCCCCGCAGCGCCCCAGAGCCGGACCGAGGAGAUAGAAGAGCUCUCAUACCGACCUCCGCCCCUCGCCCCUCGCUCCCGGGG